UAACUUAACCCAGAAAGGACAGGUAGAUACAAAUCUGGAUCGUGCCCUAAGAGAAGCCCAUAAAAAAUUCACUUGAAUUCUUCAAAUCUUUUUUGCCUUCAGUAUUAUCACUAUUGCAUAACCAUGUCAAGGAGGCCGCUAAAUCCUGCUCGACGCUUUGCUGAUGGUGGAAGCAUCCCAUUCAUUGGCUCAGUACAAUCUAAAACACGCUCAUCGCCAUUACUAUCUAUUGGGCUUUUGGUUGUGGGUGCAAUUCUUCUGAUUGGCUAUUUGCAUAGUGGUUCAGUUGUAUCCGCCAGUGUAAAAGAGGAAUCAAGUAUAGUUGAAGGUGGUUCCUCAUGCACAUUUGAAGUUCAGAGAGCGCUACCUGUUUUAAAGAAGGCUUAUGGUGACAGCAUGCAUAAAGUACUUCAUGUUGGCCCGGAUACUUGUUCAGUGGUGUCCAGGUUAUUAAAGGAGGAUGAUACUCAGGCCUGGGGCGUGGAGCCAUACGAAUUAGAUGAUGUUGAUGCCAGCUGCAAAAGUCUUGUGCAGAAAGGCAUUGUGCGUGUGGCAGAUAUCAAGUAUCCUCUUCCAUACCGUGCUAAAUCCUUUUCCCUAGUCAUUGUGUCAGAUGCCUUGGAUUACUUGUCUCCUAGGUACCUUAAUAAAACUCUUCCAGAACUGGCGAGGGUAUCAGCUGAUGGUGUUAUUAUAUUUUCUGGUUAUCCAGGUAGGCAGAGAGCUAAGGUUACAGAACUAUCCAAAUUUGGUCGUCCUGCCAAAUUACGGAGUUCGACUUGGUGGAUAAGAUAUUUUAUUCAGACUAAACUAGAAGAGAAUGAAGCCGCCGCAAAGAAGUUUGAACAAGCUUCAAGCAAGAGGUCAUAUAAGCCAGCUUGUCAAGUUUUCCACCUAAAAUCGUUGCAUUAAAGAAUCCCGGCAUCAGGCCCAGAU